AUGAAGACAAUCUACCACAAUGGGAUCAUCGUCACCGGCAAUCGACAGCAAGACAUGUCGACACCCCCAACCUACCUAGUCGUCGAGAACGAUCUCGUCGCCUACGUGGGCAAUGCCGAUAAGCCCUCCGUCGCAAAGACCCUGGAAGACACUGAAACCCAAAAGGUCAAUCUAGAAGGAAAAAUCAUCCUCCCCGGCUUCAUCGAUGGACACAUGCACCUCCUCUUCUUCGGCGCCAGCCUCUCCAAAAUCGACAUCGAAUCCUGCAAAAACCUCACAGACAUCCGCACCACCAUCGAAACAGCCGCGCAGCAAAACCCCUCCGCAAAACGCCUCUUCUGCCGCGGCUGGAUGCACCCCAUGACCAAUGGGAUCGCUCUAGCCGGCAUGAUCGAUGACCUCGACCCGCAACAACGGCCAAUCUUCAUCGACUCGAAGGACCUGCACUCGACAUGGUGCAAUACACCUGCGCUGAAGGAAUUGGGCGUUGAUGAGAACACGCCUGAUCCUGAGGGCGGGGAGAUAAGUCGUGACCCCGAGACAGGGAAGCCGAAUGGGUUGUUGAGCGAGGCUGCGAAUGUGAAUAUUGCGUGGCCGCAUGUAGCCCGUGUUGCGACUGUUGAUGAGCGCAUAGGGUAUAUCCGCGAUGCGGUGAAGGCGUAUAAUGCAGCGGGGUAUACGGGGAUAACGGAGAUGGCGACGGAUGAGACCAUUUGGGAGGCUAUGCGUGUUCUUCGCGAACAAGGGGAUGUGUCGAUUCGUAUGGCUGCGUAUUGGAUUAUCACGCCGUGCAAAACGGAUGAGGAGAAUCUGGCGCAGGUGGAUAGGGCGAUUGAAUUGCAUAAGCAGUAUAACAGCAGCACGUCGCCUGAUUUCCGUAUCGCUGGUAUAAAACUGAUUUGCGAUGGUGUUGUCGAUGCGUGCACUGCGUCUUUACUCGAGCCGUACUCCACGAACGGUGCUAAUGCAGGAACGAUUUGGGCUCCGGAUGCUCUCCGGAAAGUAGUUCAGAAGGCCGAUGUCGCUGGUCUGCAGUGCGCACUGCAUGCUAUCGGUGAUGCAACUGUGAAACUCGCCAUCGAUAUACUGGAGGCUGUUGGUACGCCAGGCCGCCGUCAUCGCAUCGAGCAUCUCGAGCUCACGGCGCCAGAGGACGCGAAGAGGUUGGGUGAUUUGGGAAUCACAGCGUCUGUGCAGCCUGUGCAUGCGGACCCUGCGAUCCUCCGUGCAUGGCCUGCCUUGCUUGGUCCAACCAGGUUACAUCGUGCCUUCGCAUACAAAGAAUUCCUGGACCAUCAUGCGCCGUUGGCGAUCGGGACAGAUUCACCAACAGCACCGCAUUGGCCGCUCAAGAAUCUGUACACUGCAACUACGCGACGGUCAGCAAGAGAGCCAGAAUUUGAAACCAAAGUAAACGAGCAUUUUGCGCUGGAGUUGGGAGAAGCAGUUUCUGCGGGGACGGCGGGGAGUGCGUACUCGACGUUUGCGGACGGGUUCAUUGGGACCUUGGGGGAAGGGAAGAAGGCGGACUUUGUGGUUUGGGAUAUGCAAUGGGAGAAGGAGAAGUUGUUGGAGGCGGUUGUGCAUGAGACGUAUUUUGGAGGGAGAAAAGUCUAUCAUCAUUCUUAG